GGGAGCCCGAGAGCCAGAGACCCCGAGAGCCCGAGAGCCCGAGCCGGGCCCUGAGGAGGCCCCAGCAGAGGCAUCUUCGCGGCGGGCGGGGCCCGGCGCGGGGGCCGCCGCGGCCGCACGGUUUGGGAAGGAGGACGAGGAGGAAGCGGCGCUGCCUGCCGGCGAAGAGGAAGCACUCCGCCCGGGCCCCCGACGGCGCUCGUUUAACCACAUCCGCGCCUCCGCUGGAAACGCUCGCAGGCGCCUGUCACCGGUUCCCUCCAUUUUGAAAGGGAAAAAAGGCUCUCCCCCUUCCCCUCCUCUUAGGAGCUGGAGCCGGAGGAGCCGCGCUCAUGGCGUUCAGCCCGUGGCAGAUCCUGUCCCCCGUGCAGUGGGCGAAAUGGACGUGGUCCGCGGUGCGCGGCGGGGGCGCGGGAGAGGACGAGGCCGGAGGGCCGGAGGGCGACCCCGAAGAGGAGGACUCGCAAGCCGAGACCAAAUCGUUGAGCUUCAGCUCGGAUUCUGAAGGUAAUUUUGAGACCCCUGAAGCUGAAACGCCCAUCAGAUCACCCCUCAAGGAAUCCUGUGAUUCAUCACUAGGAUUGGCAGGACCUGGGGCCAAAACCCAAGAAUCACAAGAAGUUGAUGAACAGCUGGUAGCAGAAGUGGUUGAAAAAUGUUCGUCUGAGACUUGUUCUAGACCCUCAGAAAAUGAGGCAUCAUGUCAGGCUAUUGAUUCUUACUCCGUCAAGGAUUUCAGAGAAGAACCUGAACAUGAUAUUAGCAAAAUUUCAAUAGUGAGGCCAUUUUCAAUAGAAACCAAGAAUUCCACGGAUAUCCCGGCAGCUCUUAGAGCAAAAGCAGCCUAUGGCUGUGUACCCACAGCCUUAGGUGAGGCUCUGCCCUCCAGCAUUCCAGAAGCCCUCCAGGACAAGGCAAUGACCGAAGGCACCAUGGGGGUUACACUGGAGCCUUCCACCGAAGCGGACCUAAAGGCUGGGAACUCCUGUCCAGAGCCUGUGCCCAGCAGAAGCAAGCUAAGAAAGCCCAAACCCGUCUCUCUGAGGAAGAAAACAGUUGGCGAAUUCUUGGAAGCUGAAACUGCUAUGGAGGGCACACUUCUCCCCCAGGCAUCCUGUCAGUUUGGUCCUGAUGAAAUGGAUGGGAAUACAAACGCUUCUUUGCUGGGAGGUGCCAGGAUCCAGAAAUCUACCCCUGACAUUAAGGAACUAUCAAGCGCUCCCAGUAGUGACACCAAUGAUUCAGGGGUUGAGCUGCUGGAGGAGUUGAGGAGCUCACCUCUGAAACUCGAGUUUGAUUUCACAGAAGAUUUGGAAAAUGUAGAGUCCAGGAAAGCCAUUCCAAGGAAACUUGUCAGGAAACUGGGUAACAGACUGACUCCCAAGGUACAGAAGGAUGGCAUCAGUAGGCCAGUAGGCACCAAGGGUGCAGAGCAGCCUCCAGAGCCGACCACAGACGAUGCCACUCUCUCCCGAGCACCUUCUAAGCUGGAUCCUAGCCAGUGGGAUGACCCCAACUUCAGUCCCUUUGGGGGCCACUCCACCCUGCAGAACUCCCCCACCCUCUCCUCUACGGGUUCCUACCACUUUGACCCAGAUAACUUUGACGAAUCCAUGGAUCCCUUUAAACCAACGACGACUUUAACCAGCGAUGGCUUUUGUUCUUUCUCGGGUAAUCAUGUCAGUGAAAUCUUAGACUCACCCAAGAAGGCAAAGUCGCGUUUAAUAACAAGUGGCUGUAAGGUGAAGAAAUAUGAACCUCAGUCUCUUGCUUUGGAUGAGUGUUCUCAGGAUGAAGGAGCAGUGAUCUCCCAGAUUUCAGACAUUUCUAGUAGGGAUGGCCAUGCUACCGAUGAGGAGAAGCUGGCGUCCACCACAUCUGGUCAGAAAUCAGCUGGGGCCGAGGUGAAAGGUGAGCCAGAGGAAGACCUGGAGUACUUUGAAUGUUCCAAUGUUCCUGUGUCUACCAUAAAUCAUGCGUUUUCAUCCUCAGAAGCAGGCAUAGAGAAGGAGACGUGUCAGAAGAUGGAAAAAGAUGGCUCUACCCUCUCUGGACUGUUGGAGUCCCCCAUGGAGAAGGCCCCUGUGUCCGUGGCCUGUGGAGGGGAGAGCCCCCUGGAUGGCAUCUGCCUCAGUGAGUCAGAUAAGACGGCCGUGCUCACCCUGAUAAGAGAAGAGAUAAUCACUAAAGAGAUUGAAGCAAAUGAAUGGAAGAAAAAAUAUGAAGAAACGCGGCAAGAAGUCUUGGAGAUGAGGAAAAUUGUGGCUGAAUAUGAAAAGACCAUUGCCCAAAUGAUUGAAGAUGAACAGAGGACAAGUAUGACCUCUCAGAAAAGCUUCCAGCAACUGACCAUGGAGAAGGAGCAGGCCCUGGCCGACCUUAAUUCUGUGGAAAGGUCCCUUUCUGAUCUCUUCAGGAGAUACGAGAACCUGAAAGGUGUUCUGGAAGGGUUCAAGAAGAAUGAAGAAGCCUUGAAAAAAUGUGCUCAGGAUUACCUAGCCAGAGUUAAACAAGAAGAACAGCGAUAUCAGGCCCUGAAAAUCCACGCAGAAGAAAAACUAGACAAAGCCAAUGAAGAGAUUGCUCAGGUUCGAACAAAAGCGAAGGCCGAGAGCGCAGCCCUCCACGCUGGACUCCGGAAGGAGCAGAUGAGGGUGGAGUCCCUGGAGAGGGCCCUUCAGCAGAAGAACCAAGAAAUUGAAGAGCUGACGAAAAUCUGUGAUGAGCUGAUUGCAAAGCUGGGAAAGACUGACUGAGUUCCCCCUGUUAGCUCAGCAGAUCUGCAUUUGGCUGCUUCUCUCGUGACCACAAUUAUCUUGCCUUAUCCAGGAAUAAUUGUCCCUUUGCAGAAAAAAAAAAAAAAACUUUAAAAAAGCACACGCCUA